GCCGGCGGUGCGCGUGCGCGGGGCGGGCGCGGGGAGCGCGGAGCGGUGCGGGACUCAGUCACGCCGUGUGGGACCCACUCGGUGUGUGCGGGGCUCACUCACUGUGCGCCGGGCUCUGUGCGCAUCGCGGAGCCGGCCGCUGCCGCCGUGUCCCAUGUCGGCUCCGUUCGAGGAGCGCAGCGGGGUGGUGCCCUGCGUGACGCCCUGGGGCCGCUGGUACCAGACGUUGGAGGAGGUGUUCAUCGAGGUGCGCGUCCCGCCGGGCACCCGCGCCAAGGACGUGCGCUGCAGCCUGCGGAGCCGGCACAUCGCCCUGGCCGUGGGCGGGCAGGAACUGCUGCAGGGUAAACUUUUUGACUCUACAGUAACUGAUGAAGGAACAUGGACCUUAGAAGACAGGCAGCUGAUACGAAUUGUUCUAAUGAAGACAAAUAGAGAUGCUGGAAAUUGUUGGACCUCUCUGUUAGAAAAUGAAUAUGCUGCUGAUCCUUGGGUACAGGACCAGAUGCAAAGGAAACUUACACUGGAGCGAUUCCAAAGAGAAAACCCUGGGUUUGACUUCAGUGGGGCAGAAAUUUCUGGAAACUACAGCAAAGGAGGACCAGACUUUUCUAGUCUUGAAAAGUGAACUUUUUAUAUGUGACCCUUUAGACAAAUUACAAUUUACAGUUAAGGACUGGAAUCAUGUAACUGUUGAAGACUUCAGUGAUCUCUUCAGCGGAUUGUUGUCAAAAGUAAUUACUUCAGUGAAGAGAAAGAAGAUCUUUUCCAGCAGACUGAAGACAAAAUGUUACCAGCUGAUUUAUAAGCUGUGAUAACUUUAAGAUACUAAGGCACAAACUAUAGAGAAAAGUGUACAUAAAAAGUAACGUCUUUAAGCAGAA